GGCUGACGCGCGGCUGCUACACCAUAAUUACAAUUACCAACCACAGCUCUCCAGAGACUUCUGGUGCAUUCUUACUAUUUCUUUAUGGUUGCGUAAAUGUCUUGCUGGCUGAAAGAUAGGUAGGUUGUGUUUCGUUAUUCAUUUUUUGCCUCCGCUAGUCUCAGUGUUGCAUUUACGCGGUCAUUGCUUGCCUCGAGGUGUGGUGGUCUCGGGGAAAGGUAUAUAUUCUCUGAUCUUGCUGUUUGUUUUUUCUAUCUCUUUAUUCUACAUCAUCAUCAUCAUCAUCAUCAUCAUCAUGGAUUUUAAUAAUCAAAACAACCAUCAACAAGCAGGUCCCUUUUGGGAUUUUGUACGCUCAAUGCAACAAAACUCUGGAACGGGUGUUGACCAACCUUCCCAAGAGUUCAAUAUGUGGGGCUCGUCAGAAGGACCUCAUGAACAUCGUGGAAAUCAUAGUCCUAGAGGGGCUCAUGGUUUUUAUGAAUUUGGUCCAUUUGGCUUUCCUUUCGGUGGAGCAGGACCAUUUGGUAGAGGUGGGUUCGGACCCAGAGGAGAUCAUCGAGGACGUCGCUCUUUCUCCCCUCGCGGAGACGGAGAACAUACCGAUGGAGAAGGCAGAGACGGAUUCCGAGGAAAUCGUCAUCACGGUAAAGGCAAAAGCAACCGUAGAGGCGGAGAAGAAUCUGGGGAGGAAACACCUACUUCAGACGCAGAGGCUGGAGAGGGCUCUUCAAGACCAUAUCGUGGCCCCCGAGAUUGCAAAGGCAAGAAGGGAAAUUACCGCGGAGAGGGUGAGAAUUUCGAUGAAGAAUUAUCGGAUGUUGAAGCAAGAGAAGGAUCACAAGGCCAGGAGUCGCGCCGAGGACCUAAAAACCACGGACGCCAUGGACCAGGUAGCAGAGGAGGAUGGGGUGUUCGAGGUGCAGGCAGAUGUGGACCACAUGGUGCACAUCACGGCCGAGGAGGGCCUCAUGCUUGGGGUGGACCUCACGGGCAUCAUGGAAGACGCGGCCCACCUCCAUUCGCCAGCCCAGGUGGCCCAUUCGAUUUUAGUGCAAUGAUCCAAGCACUUUCUUCUCACCCAAUCGCACAGGCAUUUGGUAUUCCUACAGCUCAGCGCUCUGGCGAAACACUGGUCCCCGAAGAUGUUGACGCAGAAAACUCCUUUGUUCCUCCUAUUGACGUUUUCACCACUGAAGAUGCAUAUGUUCUCCACAUUGCACUCCCGGGUGCCAAGAAAGAAGAUGUAGGUGUACACUGGGAUGCCGAGAAAGGAAUAUUGAGCAUGGCAGGUGUGGUGUACAGACAAGGAGAUGAAAAAUUCUUGGAGAGUCUCACCAAGAAGGAGAGAAAGGUGGGUGCUUUCGAGCGCACUAUGAAAUUGCCUCUCAACGAAGAGGAUAAAUCAGAAAUCGAUGGUGAUAACAUCACCGCCAAAUUGGAAGAUGGUGUCUUGGUCGUUACCGUGCCAAAGUUGGAGAAAGAAGAAUCUUGGACUGAGAUCAAGAGAGUCGAUAUCAAUUGACUGGAUUUGGAUAAUAAUAUGGGGUCUGUUCGGGUCAGCUGGGAGAGUUAAUUUCGCAUCGUUUUUGUUUCAGGUUUUCCUCUUUCUUAAUAGUUGGGGUUUGAAUUUUGGCAUCGGUAUCUUGGUUUAGUAUAGUUACCAUAAAGAGUCUCUCAUGACUAGAAAAUAACCAAAAAAAUGCCACUUGGCAAUAUAUAUAA